AUGAUUGGGACCCAAUUGAAUUUCCGGGUGAUUUCCGGGUCGGGACCUUGUUCGGCGGAUCAAACGAAUUGCUGCCGCAUGGUUUCCAGCUCGCAUUGUUAUUCCUCCAGGAUUCAAUUUUUGUGUCUUGAUUUCUCAAAAUCUCGGAAAUGCCGGUGCGUGUGCGGGAGUGAUAGUGGAAGAUUCAAGUCGAUUUCGUGCAAGUCUUCUUCUUUUGGGAGAUUUAGUCGUGAAUCCGGUGAUAGUGCUGACGAGAGCUAUGAAGAUGACCAGUAUGAUUACGUUGAAGCCGUCCUUCUCGUUGCAGAAAUUAUCAGUCACCAUCGAAUGCGUGUGCGUGGUUUUAAAGAGGAGACCAAAUGGCAAUCAACAUAUUCUCUUCCCUUGGGGCCCUUCUCUUUUCAAACAACAGAUCCUCGAUCUCAAGUUCAUUCUAUAGGUUCUGGUUUCCUUCGGCGCUUUCAGAAUCCUACCAUGUUUCUUAAGAUUUCUUGUGAUGGAGAUUUCGUGUUACCGAUCAUUGUAGGUGAAAGUGCAAUUGAGAAGCUUAUAGAUUCCUAUCAUGAGGAUGAUACUGGGGACUGCCCAAACCAAUUCCAAUUCGUGAGGAAUCUACUUGAGGAAUUUGGUUAUGAAGUCAAAAUGGUUAGGAUUACUGAAAGAGUCUUGAAUACAUAUGUAUCGAGGAUAUAUUUUCAGAAGCCAGGGGACAAGAUCAGCUUUAGUGUAGAUGCACGUCCUUCUGAUUCUAUAAAUGUUGCCAAGAGAUGCAAGGCUCCUAUCUAUGUAAAUAAACAGAUCGUGUUGGCAGAUGCAACAAGAAUUUCAUAUGGGCUGGGAAGAAUGAGCAACAAAACUGUGUAUGAUGUCUCUCUUGACAGUGCUGCAGAUGGUCCAGAUUUACUUUCUGAAGAACUUAAUAUGGUCAGGAAUAUGAAUUCGGCUGCCGAGGAGGAAAGGUACAGAGAUGCAGCUGUGUGGAGAGACAAACUUAAGAAGCUUCGUGAAACAAGUUAG